CUGCCAAAGUUACAUUUUUGUGAUUGCAUAGGAAGGUGUUCAAAAUGUACACAAUCAUUUCUAGUUUACUGUAAAACGAUAGCAAACCCCAUUUCAACGCACAGCACCUAUAGAAAAGGCUUACAGCGUUACGGCGCACAACGGACAAGUGAAAGCAGCAACAGCAACAACUCUCGCGGAGACACAACGACGGUAACACCCCGAAGCUCCCGAUAUGGCCGAACGGUAUCUGAAAAUUGGCCAGCGCGUCGAGCUGACCGGCAAGGAGGUGCGGGGCACGAUCGCCUACGUCGGUAUGACCUCCUUUGCCGUGGGCAAGUGGGUCGGCGUAAUUCUGGAUGAGGCGAAAGGCAAGAACAACGGAUCGAUAAAAGGACAUCAGUAUUUUUCGUGUGAAGAAAACUAUGGGAUGUUUGUACGCCCAACCCAGUUGGUGUUUAUCGAUGACGCUGGUAACCCCAUCGAAGAUGCACAAACGCCGGACGAAAAGCCACGAUCCCGUCUGAGCAGCGCGGGUUCAGUCCGAUCGCUUGCCUCAAUGCCUGGAUCGACUCAAACGUUCUCGGCCAAGCCAACAGCGGUGCGCCGGAAGUCACCGGUCAAGCAGCCGCAAACGAAGCGCGCCUCCAUGACAAUGACACUGUCAACAUCCAGCUCGCGGAUGUCGCUCAAUCGGAGCACGAGCUCGCUCGGUUCCAAGACGCAGCUUACGUCGCCGGGCAGCGAACGGGCAUCCGGGCAAUCCUCCAUUCCGACGCCCGUGUCCUCGAUCCCGACGAUGGUGAAACCGGACCGCAAUGAGCCGCUGCAGCGAUCGCACAUGAGCCCCCCGGAAUCGCUACAAACGUCCAAACGGGCAUCGUUCGUGGAGACGGGCUUUGUGGAAACGCUGAAACCGCAGUUCACCCCGGGCCAAUCGCUCAUCUCACCAUCGCCGGCACCGACACCGGCACCGGGAGCGUCCUCCACCGAGGAUCGCAUUCACAUCCUGCAGCUGCAGGCAGAGCUGGAAGAGAUGCGCAAGCUAAACGCCGACCUGGGCGAAAAGCUGGAAACGUUGAAGCAGCGCCGCGCGGAAGAUCGCGAACGCUUGCGGGAGUUCGACAAGAUGAAAACGCAGUACGAGCAGCUGGUGGAGUUUAAGAGCAAAAUCAUGGACGCUCAUUCGCAGCUGCAGCGCGAUCUACAGCGCGCCAAGCAGGAAGCGAAGGACGCGAUCGAGGCGCGCGAUCUGCACAGCGAAGAGAUGGCCGAGCUGGCCGAAAACGUGGAACUGAUCACGCUGGAUAAGGAGAUGGCGGAGGAGAAGGCGGACACGUUGGCGCUCGAGCUGGAAACGGCCAAGGAGCGCAUCGAGGAGCUUACGCUUGAUUUGGAAAUUUUAAAAACGGAAAUGCAGGAGAAGGUCGGCUCGAUUGGGGGCGGAGGUGGCGCUGGCGCUGGCGACGGGUCGGCCGUAGCCUCGACGUACGAGUUCAAGCAGCUGGAGCAGCAAAACGCACGGCUGCGGGAAACGCUCGUCCGCCUACGCGAUCUGUCCGCGCACGAAAAGCACGAGAUCCAGAAGCUGGAGAAGGAGCUGGAAUCGAAAAAGUCCGAAGUGACCGAGCUGCAGCGCACGAAGGAAAAGUUUUCCGCCAAAAUCGACGAGCUGGAGGCCCAGCUGGGCGAUCUGCAGGAGCAGGUGGAUGCGGCGCUGGGCGCGGAAGAGAUGGUCGAACAGCUCGCCGAAAAGAAGAUGGAGCUGGAGGAUAAGGUGAAGGCGCUCGAGGAGGAGGUGGCCGAGCUGGAGGCGCUCGAGGAGGUGCACGAGCAGCUGGUCGAAAGCAACCACGAACUGGAGAUGGAUAUGCGCGAAGAGCUGGACAUGGCGCACGCGGCGAAACGGGAGGCGGUGCGCGAAAAGGACGCCGCCCUGGAGACGAUUGUCGACCGCGACCAGACGAUCCUGAAGUUCCGCGAGCUGGUGCAGCGGCUUAACGAGCAGUGCCAGGAGCUGCGCGAGCGGCUGAACCAAGAGUCGAGCAAGCAGCAGCAGCAGCAGCAGGCCAAGGAUACCGCCCUCAUCACCGAGACGAUCGACUUCAAGCAAAUGUUCGCCGAAUCGAAGGCGUUCACGCGCGCGAUCGAUCUGCAGCUGCGCCAGAUCGAGCUGACGCAGGCGAACGAGCACGUCCGCUACCUGACCGCGUUCAUGCCGGACGUGUUCAUGGCACGGGGCGGCGACCACGAUGCCAUCCUGGUGAUACUGCUCGUGUCGCGCAUCGUCUUCAAGUCGGGCAUCAUCGUCAGCCAGGCGCGGGAACGGUUCUCGAGCGUGCCGCAGAUGGACCGGGCCGCGAUCCUGUCCGGCCACGAGGUGGCCCAGUUUGGGUUCCGGUCGCGCCUGCUCCACCACGUGCACAACCUGCAAAGCAUCAUGCACCAGUUUCUGUUCAGCAUGACGGGAUGCAAGGCGGACACGCUGCUCAAGAUCGGCGCCGCCCUGCCAGAGAUGCUUGCGCAGGAAAAGAUGGUGGACGAGAUCGUCGAUCUGCUCAAGGCUAAUCAGCUGGACGAAAACUCUUCCACAGACAAUCUGGAAAAGUGUGUCACAUUCUUCAACGCCAUGUACGUGGUACUGCUAACCGGCGAAGAUUUGGUAAACGAAACGCAAAUCGUGCGCGACUGUACUGCUUCCAUCGGUGCGGCCUGCGACUCGAUCGCAAACGAUUCCAACAUCAUUAAGAUUUUGAUUAAGCCCGGCGACGAAACGAGCGAUUCCGGCUUACUCCUGCAGUACAUUCUGCAAAAUGUGGAAAACAUAAGACAGCAGCUGAAGCUCGUGAAGCGCCGCCUGCCGCAGGACGUAGCGAUAACGAAGUGCAACCUGUCGAUGAACACACUGCGCAACCUGAAACGCACCGCCGAAGCACUGAACAAGGUGAUGAGCGUGCUGUUCUACGCCACCCGCCAAUGUCUGCAGCUGGUGACGCUCGACCCGGAAACGGAGACGUCCGUGCCGCAGGAAAAGCUGUGGGAAAUCCUGUCCAACGGGUGCGAAAAGGUGUACGAGCAGGAUGACCUAGGACCGUCGCAGAACGUGCGCACCGUGCUGAGUGCCGCCAGCACCGACAUGGGCCAGCUCGCCCAGUAUCUGCUCGAUCACGAGUACGAAAUCAUCUCGGCCACGAACGCCGCCAAGCCGGAGGAGAAACCGGUCGCGCCGAUCAUACUGCGGGCGCAGGCCGUUAAGAAGCAGCUGGAGGAAACGAAAACGCUGACGGCAACGCUCGAGAACCGGGAGGCCGAGAUACGGCAGCUGAAGCUGGCCGCGAAGCUCAAGCAGAACGAGCUGUCCGAGAUGCAGAUACGGAAAGAUUUGGCCGAGAAGAAGCUGUCGGUGCUGCAGCAGGACCACGAGACGAACACGACGCGCCUUCAGAAGCAGUACGAUGAAGUGUGCGCCAAGCUGAAACAGAAGGAGAAAGAGUUCGAGGAAACGAUGGACCACCUGCAGAGCGAUAUCGAUUCGCUGGAAAGUGAGAAGAGCAGCUUGCGCGACAAGCUGAAAUCGUUCAGCUCGCGCAAGGUUGAUCUCAAGACCACGACGGCGCUCGACAUCUCGGCCAGCUCGCCCUACAUCGCCCAGGAGCUGUCGCUGCUGAAGCGCGCCUUCAAGGAUGAGCGGGCCGAGCGGCUCAAGGUGCAGGCGAACGAGUACCGCAAGAUCCUGGCCGGGUUGGAGCCGCUGCACGUGCCGCAGCCGAAGGAUGAGCGCAUCCAGGAGCUGGAGCAGAAGAUAACGCGCGUCAAGCACGAUCUAAUCAUGUCGCUGGUGAAGGGUGCCGAGAUACCGGCCACCAACACCGUGCACGGCAGCGUCUCGAAGACGAUCCUGGACCACGAGAACCAGCGCAAGCAGCAGCAAACGCAGAUACGGGCCAAGGCGGAACAGCUGGCGUGCGAUGUGAUGCAGGAAUAUCUCAGCAGGAAACCGCACCGGGCGGCCAAGGGUGAUUUCGCCUCCUUCCCUCAAACGAACUGACCGCCGCGUUUCGCGUGAACGUCAGGGUGUAAAAGGGAGAAGACGCACUGAUUGUUGUAUGAUAAAGUUGGUUAGGUUUAAAGUAGUUUACUCAGGAUUGAGAUUGGCUUGUUUGCGCUUCCCCUGUGGCGUAUGAUCGCGCAACCAGAAAUAACCGGGGUACGAAUAAGGCAGCAUCACUCUAAAAUGGAUUUUCUUAAUUGUUGGCUCUAGUUUUUGCGUUUUUUUUAAUAGUUUUCGUCCCUAUUUAUUAACCCGUCGCUUCCUUGUUUGAACCGGUGCUCGAGAAAAUGAAUGCGAAAAUGGUAGCAUAGCAGGAGGACGCGCAUAGGAAGUUUUCCACACGUGUUAUGGUGAACUCAGCUGUGUUUUUGUUUUGUCUGUGUGUUUAGUUAGGUUGAGUUUUAAAAAAAAAUGAAAAGCUUAUUGUGUACUAUUUAAACAACAAAAAUCAUCGCUACUUAAAUAAGAAUCAAUCAUGAAAAAAGACAAAUGCGAAACAACUUUACUCUAAAUACGGAACCAUAUACCAUUCCUUCCUGCUUCCUUUGGCAGCAACAAAUUAAUAAACCCCCAUCGUGAUAUAUCAAAUACUAACAUGAAAA